UUAGUGAAUAUGGAGUAACAGGCAUGCUGCAAGCUUGUACUUAUGUUUUUUUUGCUAAUGUGGGCUUUGAUUCAGUUUCAACAGUAGCUCAAGAGGCAAAGCUACCAUCGAGAUCGCUCCCGAUCGCAAUUAUCGGAUCAACAGUUGUUUCACUACUACUUUAUAUUGGAAUAUGUACUGUGAUGGUUGGACUCGUUCCAUACAAAUUGUUAGAUUCAGAUAGUCCUCUUUCUGAAGCAAUAAAAGCAACACCUUAUGGUCUUUGGUUAUCAAUUCUUAUGGAUUUGGGUGCGAUAGCUGGCCUUACAACUGUAGCGUUGAAUGUGAUGCUCUCGGAGACUCGAAUAUUUUAUGCAAUGGCUCAUGAUGGUUUACUGCCACCAUUCUUUACUAAAAUUCAUUCUCAAACAAGAACUCCAUGGGUUUCUAUAUUGAUUAGUGGUAUAUUUUGUGCUGUUUUUUCUGGUAUUUGUCCAGUAGAUAUUCUUGGUGAAACAAGUUCCAUUAGCGCUCUCAUUACAUAUUUAUUCGUACAUAUUACGGUUAUAGUCAUGCGUUAUACACAUAGAGAUAUUUCACGACCAUUUGAAGUACCAUUUGGUUCAUGGCUUAUUCCAACCAUAGGUUCCUUACUGUGUGUGCUUCUCAUGAAAGGUAUAACAGAAGCAACAGGUUAUCGAUUUCUUGUAUGGACAGCAAUAGGUCAAAUUAUUUAUUUCUCUUAUGGUUUUUGGCAUUCUAAACGACGAAAAUUAAUGAAAUGUGAUUCUGUUGCAAGUAACAUCGAUCUUGUACUAACAGUAACAAAUACUAUGGAACAGAAUACAAAUAAUGAGUCUGAAUCGAUUUCAACCAGUGAAAAUGCUGAAAGUUCAGCAUAA